ACCGCGCAACCUUACUGCAACAAGCUCAACAACACUUAACCUGAAAUUUAAACAUCAACUGAGGUAGAAGACCCUGGCAUUAUGGCGCCGUUACAGAUUCCGUACUUUCGGAACGCGAAUGAAUUACCUGCACCACUUCCAACCACAGAGGAAAUUCUUGCCUCGAAAGAAAUUCUGAAAGGAGCUGACGCAUGGGCAUUCAAGAAGGUUGUUGGUGUUGGAGAGCAUUCUUUUGUGAAAUAUAGUCAAUAUAAUCGCCAAGUUGAAGGACAAUCUACUCUUACUCGAGAACAAUGGUAUCAGAGGUUGUGUGCCUCGCAUAUAUGCCAUGUGGAAGGGCGACAAUGGCCAGCUAUUUCUUGUGAUGGAAAGGCUACGUGGGGAAGCGCUCGAGUCCAUCUGGCCAGCUCUUGGGCCCUCGGAAAAAACAGUUAUUCUGUCGAAGCUUAAGGAUAUCCUUUCUCGAACCAGAAAAAUACCACAUCGGAAUAUUUUCGGAUCAGUUGAUGGAGGGCCUGUCCCUCACCAUCUCUUCUACUCGUCCGUGAACGACGCUCAAGUAUCGGGUCCUUUUAAGACAGAGCGCGCUUUUGUUCGAGGAUUGAUUGCACGAUCGCGAUGGGAAGCCGAAAAAAAUCAAAAACAUUCUUAUUUGGCAGACUUCUUCGAAGAACAGUUAUUAGGCGUCCUUACCGUUAUGAAUCGAAAACCCGUGUUCACACAUUCUGAUAUUCAGCGAAAGAACAUUUUAGUGGAGAGACUUACGGGAAACACAUGUGGUGAAGAGUUUGGUGUAUCAGUUGUUGACUGGGAGUCGGCGGGUUGGUAUCCGGUUUGGUGGGAACAUGUUGCUGCAUUUUUCGCGUUUUAUUGGAGUGAUGAUUGGUGUAGUAGGGUAGUGGAAGCGGUAGAUGAUUAGCCUGCUGAGGCGGCGAUGAUGAAAAUGAUAUAUCAGGAUUUGUUUUGAAGGGUGCACUGCAUGCACGUGUUUGGUGGGUGAUCAUUCAAUUUUUGCAAGAUCUUAUAUAGAUGGUGGUAUUGAUGUGGAUAUCAUUGCAUGAA